AUGUGUCUGGAUGGUCUGGGUCAAUCGCUUUCACACAGGUACACCCGCCUGGGAAAGAUUGUGGACAUCCACGAAGCCAUCUCCGCUCAUAGACGCGCGGUCUCGUUAACGGCUGCCGGCCAAACAGAAAGGCCAGCUCGUCUCACUCACCUUGGUAACGCAUGCCUCCUUCGAUUCGAGAGACUAGGAGAGCUUCCCGAUAUCGACGAAGCUAUAUCAGCUCAGCAGGAGGCCGCAUCCCUUUCACUCACUCCUGAAAGGCAUGAGAAUAGGCCUAGUUUGCUCAAUAGCCUCGGUGGUUUACUUCUUCGACGGUUUGAGCGUCUGCACAACAUGCCGGAUAUCCAGGAAUCCAUCAGGAUUCGAACGCAGGCUGUGGAGCUUACUCCUGCAACACACGCUGACCUCCCCCGGUAUCUUACCAAUCUCGCUGGAUCGUAUAUUCUGCGAUACGAACGAUCAGGCAGUCAAGUAGACGUUACCAAAGCAAUCUCUCUUAUGCGAGAGGCCAUCUCGAGCACCCCGGACGACAGCGAUUCUCGACCUCGCCGUCUCUUCAAUCUUGGAGGUGCACUUUUCCGUCGGUUCGAGCUGGCGGGCAACGUUAGCGAUAUCAAUGAAGCAAUCGAGCUUCAACAGAACUCUGCUGCGCUCAUUCACGACGAACAUCCGGAGAAGCCAAAAUGUCUCAAUAAUCUAGCCAACUCUUUCUUUGCACGAUUCAAACAUUCAAACAAUGUUGCCGAUAUUGAUGAGAGCAUCACUGCCCUGCAGAGAGCUGUGAAACUUACGCCGGAUGACCAUAUAGACAAGGCUCGACGGCUCGGUAAUCUUGGAGGAUCAUUUCUCGGUCGAUUCGAUAAUCUGGGUAACACUUCUGAUAUUGACGAAGCCAUCUCUGUACUUCGUGAAGCUCUUGCGUUGACUCCAGAUGGUCAUGCAGAUAAGCCCGGCCGUCUCAGCAACCUUGGAUUGGCGUACUUUCGUCAAUACAGACAGUCCAACAGCGUAGUUGAUAUAGACGAGUCUAUCACACUGCGCAGACAAGCGGUAGACCUCACACCCGAUGGUCAUGCUCUCAAGCAUGUAUACCUGACGAAUGUCGGAAAUUCAUUGCAUGGCCGGUUCAUGCAAUCAGGUAACAUCCCUGACAUCGACGAAUCUAUAGCUGCCCAUCAAAAGGCGGUUCAACUCAUCCCGGAACAUCACGCAGUAAGACCUGCAUAUCUCAACAAUCUCGGAAAGUCGCAUUGUGCCCGAUUCGAGCAUCUGGCGCAGCCGCCCGACAUCGAAAAGGCCAUUUUCUGCCAGAAGGAAGCCUCCUUUUCUGGACCUCCGGCAUUAUCUUUCUACUGUGCUAACAGGUGGGCGCGUUGUUCGCUGCUGAAAUGCGGAACACCGUCAUUAGAUGCUCAUGCAACUGCCAUUGGAUUACUACCGCGCAUGAUUUGGGUGGGAAAAGAUGUGUCUCAUCGGUACGAAGACAUUCUCUCCAUCGGAGAUGCGGUGAAUGCGGCGGCAGCAGCAGCUAUAGCAUUGCAGCAGUUUGAUCUCGCCAUGGAAUGGCUGGAGCAGGGACGCUCAGUCGUCUGGGGACAGAUUCUCCAACUACGUGCUCCGAUGGAUGACCUGAGAGCCUCCGGACACGAUAUAUUUGCCGACGAGUUGGAGCAAGUCUCACGAGAGCUAGAGACGGCGGGCACCGCUUCUGACUCCGGUAAACCGAGAUCGACACUCGAAGACGACGCUCAGCAACAUCGGAGGUUAGCAGCGAGAUACGAAGAGCUCCUCGUGAAAAUCCGUCAGAUUGAAGGCUUCGAGCAGUUCCUUCAACCCAAGAAACUCUCUGACCUACUUGGUGCAACAGCUACAGGGCCGGUGGCAGUCAUCAAUGUCCAUAAAAGUCGAUGCGACGCUCUUAUCCUUCGUGAUUCAACUCUACCAGUCCUCCAGGUUCACCUCUCAACCUUUACUUAUGAAGCUGCUACUAAGCUAAGGGAAACAAUCAUCAAGUGUCUGGAGGAGUCAGAUGUCCGCGAACGUGAUGCUCGCGCCCUGAGACGGCGCAGGAAUGUUGCAACGGUCCAAACACGGAUGCAGAAAAUUUUGGAAACUUUGUGGACCGAGGUCGUGAAGCCUAUCCUUUCUGCUCUUGGCUAUGCGGAGAUGCGAUCACCCCCCGAUCCUCUUCCACAUAUCACCUGGUGUGGCACAGGCCCACUAGCGUUUCUACCCAUUCAUGCUGCAGGCCUAUAUGCCACACCGGAUCAGCCAAGAAUCUUUCAAUACGUGGUUUCCUCGUAUACCACAACAUUGACCGCUCUGGUGGAAUCAUCCAAGAAACCGCGUCAAUCGUCACCACGGAUCCUCGCCGUAUCGCAACCAGAUACGCCAGGUUAUACCGCACUGCGGGGAACGGUCACCGAGGUGGAAGCAAUCAAAACUUGUAUCGGGGACAAAAUGCAGUGCGACUGGGUUAAUCGGGACGAAGCUACAGUCGACGCCGUCCUCAAAGGGAUGCACGAAUGCAGUUGGGUCCACUUCGCUUGCUAUGGCGUCCAAGAUCCAAAAGAUCCCAUGAAUAGCGCCUUCGCUCUGUAUGAUGGUCGGCUCGACCUCAAGACAAUUAUGACCAUGUCUCUCAAGUUUGCCGAGAUAGCCUUCCUUUCUGCCUGCCAAACUGCUACAGGAGACGAGGGCAGGCCCGAAGAAGCGGUGCACCUUGCUGCCGGGAUGCUCAUGGCAGGGUAUCGAACCGUAUUUGCGACGAUGUGGUCGAUAGGAGAUAGAGACGCACCUGUGGUUGCGAAAGAGGUCUAUACCCAUUUAUUGAACGACACAGACCCAGAUGGACAGAGGAAAGAGGCGUAUGCGCUUCACCACGCGGUGGAGCGGCUUCGACAGGAGGUUGGCGAGAAUGCUUUCAUGAGGUGGAUGCCAUUUAUCCACUUCGGUAGUUGA